GGUGGUGCAGUUCAGCACAGUGAUCCAGGAGUGAGUGAGGCGACAGAGCGGAGGUGACAGCGGAGAAUGGAGAGGAGCUCGUCCGCCCGGCGAGCUUUGACCGCGGCGAGCGAGGAGAACCCACUCGGCCCUUUCCUUCUGGAGCCAGCGUGCUGAAAGAAACUGGAAGGAAUUAACUGGGGGCAAAGGAAAGGAAUGGCUGAUCCUCUGCGGAGGACUUUACUAGCGAAACUCCGGGGGAAGAAAUCCAAGAAAGGAGCGACGGUCGGCGGUGGAUACGGCUCUGCUGCUGCUGCUGCGGCGAAUGGGGGCCGAGAAGGUAAAGAAAAAGUUUUGCAAACGCAGCGAGACUCCGACGAGGCUCGCCCGGUAGUCUUGAUCACAGAGCUGGAUUGCACGACAGAGAGAAUGAGCACGUACGAGAAUUGUGUUGACGGGGCGAUGGUGCAAACAGGGGGGGUUGUGAUAGUCCGGGAGAGUCGCGCAGCAGAGUUGUCCGGCGCACGUCCCCAGGAGCGGAGCAGCAGGGGCAGGGUUCGGGUUAAUGAGGAGCUCCUGGGGGUCUCACUUCAAAGAGACGUGCAGUUUGUGGGACAUGAAUUUCGGGAGGGAGAUAGGAGCCACCGGGGGGCCAGAUCCGCUGGCAAAAUCACGUUAGCUGCGGGAGUCCCGCUUGGAGGACCGCAUGUCCAGAGAAAACACUUCGUCUCGGUGCCGCGGCAGUGCAGCGUCGGGGACUCAAUCGGGUUUGGGGACAAUUCAAAUCACGUUCUGUACCGAGCACGGGUAGAGCCGCAUACCGGGGUCGGUAAACCACCAGAGGGCUGCGUCACCACUGCUGAUAGUGAUGGGACAGAGCCCAGAGACGGAGGACACUCCCGGCACAUGGCAGGGACUGUAGUUAAUGAACACAACGCCAACUGGAGUUUUGACAACAACCAAAGUUUGGAGACAAGCUCGCCAGUGUGCGCGGCUCAAUCACAUCCCAACUGUGCGUCAACAAACACGGAAGAAAACACUGUGAUCAGAGAUGUUGAGACUUAUGAGCCCGAGUAUGCAGGGGACAUUAGAGGGACUGCAGGCGGUCUGCAGAGCCCGACCUUUUUCCCCACAGAGUUAGAAAUAUGCGACAUUAACAUGGCAUCCCUGUGCGCCACAGAGGGGCCACUCAGAUACACUUUAGACAGUGAAGAUGAGGAUUAUUAUGAUAACGAAAUUCUGCCUUUUUAUGAAACCAUCAGGGCAAAAAGUGAUGGCGAUAGAGCAGAGGUUGCAGAGCUGCCACAGCCCGGUCAGGAUAAAGGACAGCUUGAUGAUAGUAAGAGUGCGCAGGAAACAGACAGGCUUAGGAACCAGCUGAAAGAAGCUUAUUACCUUCUUAUCAAUGCUAUGAAUGAUAUCAACCUGGAUGUCCAGCAGAUUAGCGGUGGUUUAACAGGGCAGCAGGCCACCUCCUCUUGUAGUAGCCACUCCAGGGAUAGCCUGUGCUCAAGGUUGUCUGUCAAAAACAUGGACAGUGACUCCUGGUCCUCAGGAGGCGACCACAGCCCUCAGCAGGUGUCUGACACUGACUCACUGCUGGUUUGCCUCAGUGGGAACCUUGAGUCAUGCCUCAGAGGCAGGCUGAAUAGUAAGAGUAUGUUAAACCUGUCCUUGAUCAACAUAAGACCUAGAUUACUGCGCUCAGCUAGUGAUGGCGCGAUCAGGUAUCAAGGUGGACCCACACUCUGUGUUCAGGCCUCUGGAACGCAGAGUCCACACAUCUGUGGUGAGAAGGGGGCCACAGAGACAAAAGUGGGUGAGCUAUCAGAACCUCAGGUCCUUUACAACGCUGUCAGCAGUGAUGAGCUGCUACAAGAUGCUGCAGGCGACGAAGACCGAGGCGGGCAGCUCAACGAGAGCAGCGGCUCGGUCAACAGCCUCACAGGUUCUUCAGACAGCAAUGCUGAUGCAUCAACAAAUCAGGGUCACAACAACAAGCAGGAGCCGACUGAUGCCCGAGCACAAGGGGCCAACUCUGUCAACAAGGGGCAUGGUGUUACUGUCAACAAGAUGCAAGAGUGGAUGCACAAGGGGCGUCUGUUGUCCUCUGAGAUGAAGCAGCGAAUUGAGGGCUCAGCUUUGCCCCGCGGUGGAGGCCAAAGCCAGGACCGGCCCUGUCCUCAGGGUAACCUCGGCGUGUGUAAACCAGGGGUCCAGACAUCCAGCCGUGGGGUUAAAUCUGUCAAGGUCAAGUCACCACGGCAGCAGCAGCCAGCUUUCAUUGAGAAUGUCCAAACCCCCUGCGCUAAUGGCCGAGAGGUGGGCAGGGCCAGCGAGUCUUCGUCGUGGCGGCCACCGCUCACCACCAUCACUGUAUCCAAGAAGCGCAACUGGUUGCAGCAGAGCUCCCUUGGGAAGAAUCAAUGCGCCAAGGACGAGCUGCAGGGAAUGCUGGGAGCUGAGGAGGAGGGUUCCCAUCAGUUGCCGCCUCCUCCCAGUCCCUCUCCAGACCACCUGAGACCCUCAGGGGGAGCACCAACACGGCCGGCCCGCCUGCACCUGCCCCAGGUUAACGUCGGUCAGGCCAAGGUGUCUUCUCGGAGCGUGGACCCAGCCGAGGAGAAUGACGCAGAUGAUGAAGGGGAGAUCUGGUACAAUCCAAUCCCUGAGGAUGACGAACCGGAGAUGUCUCACCGACCCUCCAUUCGGUUGCUGGUCCCCACUCGAGCAGAGCUCCAGAGGAGGCCCAGCAGGGGAGGGGAUGUGGGUCACAGUAGCAGGAACCCAGGGGGCGGCGCCAGUGGAGUUGGGCCUGAGGCGCACGGGGAAAGCCUUGGUGGCUGUGGCAGUUUGGGAGAUGGAAGUCAGGGGAAUGCUGUACAUUCCACAGAGGCACUACAUCUGCACAGACAGAUGCUCGCGUGCAAACCUCAGGAGGAGGGGGGGCCUUCCACCAGCAGAGCCACAGAUGGUCCAGACCUGCCCAAUGCCGUCGGCUCCCCUCCCUCCAGCCCAAACCCGGCCAAGAAGAGCAGCUCCAUCAACUGGUCCUUCCCAGACAAAAUUAAGUCCCCGCGCACUGUAAGGAAAAUCUCCAUGAAGAUGAAGAAGCUUCCGGAGCUUAGCCGGAAACUCAGUGUCAAGGGGACCCCGAGCAGCAGUAACAGCAACAAUGGCACCGGAAGCAGUCAUUUAGAGCCCAGAGCCCAUUCUCCCCGAAACAACGGGAGCGGGUCGGAGGCCACCCCCCAUUCCUCAGGCCCUCCCAGGUUAGCUGCGUCUGGGGGUGGGCAGGCCAGCCGUAAUGUGAUCUCACGCUACCACCUAGACAGCAGUGUGUCAACACAGCACAGCUUCAGCAAGAAGAAAAGCAAUGGCAGCUCAAAGUCCGCCAGUAAAGGUGGCUACCUCAGUGAUGGCGACUCACCUGAGCUGGUGGCCAAAUCUGGGAAGCACAGCUCUGCAGAGGGGAAGGGAGGAGGAAAAGGCAAGGAGAUGGAAGCAGGGGGCGGAAGCUCUAAACUCAAUGGCACAGAGCUAGACAUUGAUGCUUUCCGCCAUUACAGCUUCACAGAGCAGCCCAAGUGCAGCCAGUACAUCUCCGGACUGAUGAGCCUACACUUUUAUGGCGCUGAGGACCUCAAACCUCCACGUAUUGACUCUCGAGAUGUCUAUUGCGCCAUCCAAGUGGACUCAGUUAAUAAAGCACGAACCGCUCUCCUCACAUGUCGAACUACCUUCCUAGAUAUGGACCACACCUUCAACAUCGAGCUGGAGAAUGCCCAGCACCUGAAGCUGGUAGUGUUCAGCUGGGAGCCCACGCCGAGACGCAAUCGCGUCUGCUGCCAUGGCACGGUGGUUCUGCCUGCGCUCUUCCGGGUGACACGUUGCCACCAGCUGGCGGUGAAGCUGGAGCCGCGGGGGCUGAUCUACGUCAAGCUGAGCCUGAUGGAGCAGUGGCAGAACUCGCUGGAUGGUGGACCAGACGGAGACAGGGAGCCCCAGGUGUUUGGUGUGGAGGCGUGGCGGGUGGUGGAGAGGGAGAACACAGGACAGAUGGUGCCGCUGCUUAUAAGCAAGUGCAUCAAUGAGAUUGAAAAGAGAGGCUGCCAGGUGGUGGGUCUCUAUCGUCUGUGUGGAUCUGCAGCUGUGAAGAAGGAGCUCCGGGAGGCGUUUGAGAGAGACAGCCACGCUGUGGAGCUGAGUGAAAGCACGUAUCCUGAUGUUAACGUCAUCACAGGAGUACUGAAGGACUACCUGCGAGAGCUGCCCUACCCUCUCAUCACCAAGCAACUGUAUGAGGCAGUGUUGGAGUGCAUGGCCACGAGGCCUCUGCGGAUAGGAGCGGCGGGCUGCGAAAACGACCAAGCCGACUCGGAGCACACUGUCAGCCUGCUGGACAACCUGCCAGAUGUGGAGAGGAUGACACUGCAGAAGCUUCUUGACCACCUAAAGCUGGUAGCAUCCUGCCAAGAAGUGAACAAGAUGACAUGUCAGAACCUGGCGGUGUGUUUCGGCCCGGUGCUGCUCAGCCAGCGUCAGGACGCGUCCUGCCACACCAACCGAGUCUUCAUCGACUCCGAGGAGCUGGCCAGCGCGCUGCACUUCAAAAAACACAUCGAAGUCCUGCACUACCUGCUGCAGCUCUGGCCAGUUGUGGACCCACAUGGCCGAUCCUCCUCCCAGCCCCAUACAGCUUCUGUGGCUCCAGCCUCAUCUGACCUGCUGUCAGCUCCUCCCCUACGGCGGAAAAAAGAGCGUCCCCAGGUCCUGAACCUCUCUGAAGCCGAGAUGGCGGGUGUUCUGCGGCCCAAGCCAGGACGUUUGGACAGCCCCAGCAACCGCUAUGCUGGUGACUGGAGCGGCUGCGGCGAGAGCUACUUCCCUUGUGACAUCCUGUUGCCUCCCAGCAAAGAGGAGGCGGACUAUGAUGAUGUGCCCUCUGAGGACACGGAGGCAGCUGAGGAGACUCAGGAGAAGCCUGAGGAUGCAGAGGAAGAUAAAGGGCAGAUGGUCACAAGCCCCGCGUCUGAUCCUGCUGAGCAGGAGCAACCUCAGAGAGAGGAGGUGGUGAAGGAGGACAAAAAGGAGGAAGAGGAGGAGGAGAAGCAAGAAGAGAGUGAUAGUUCAGGCAAUGGGCAGCCAUUAGAGGACAAGGAGGAGGAGAGGGUGUGCGACCACAUCCUGCCUCCUCGCCUGCCCAAAGAGCACACCUACCAGGCUUACAUGAAGAUCCAGGAUAUCAGCCCCGUGCUAAGCAACAGGGUCAACCUGAGAGACCUGCAGGAGAGCAUCGACACUCUGAUAGGAAAUCUGGAGAGAGAGCUCAACAAGAACAAGCUCAACGUCGGAUACUGACUCUUGCGACAGUGACACACACACACAUCCAAUCACACACUCAUAAAGCCUAAUAGGGUUGGGAGAAGACCUUCUUUACCGAUCAAGGUGCUUCAGGAUACAGCCACAGUGUUUCCAUGGAGACCCUGUAUUGUUGGUGCGGUGCUGCUGUAAAAAGGACGAGAUGAGAAGAAAAGCAACGGGGCACUUCUGGCAUUUGUACCUUACCCAUAGACAUUCCCUAAUGUUUUUAUUUUUGCUUUUAUUUUGUCGACUGUCUUACUUCAUGUUGUUGGUUUGUCUCAGUCCGGUUCUGUGUUCCAUGUUGUUAUUGUUGCUUCUCUUCUUAUUAGAAGAACCCAUUGACCCCUCAGGGGUUUAAAAGGUGCCUUAAUUGUGUGAAGGUGGUACGUCAAGAGGAGAAUCCACCCUGAAAUGAAAUGCAUUCCCUCCUGUGAUCUUGAUACAGUGUUGACAACCAAUAGGAAAACCUUUAUGAUGUCAUGAAGAGCUGGUUUCACGUUGACAAAGGCUGCAGUGUAUCUUGUUUUUUAGCAGGUAUGAAUCCACCCUUGGUACUAUGGAGCUUUAUGCAUGCAAGCUUUUAAGCAGUGAUACUGACGCCAACAUUUGUAGAGAAAAGUUAGAGAUAGACUCUUUAAAAUUGACCAUUUUCUUACCAAGACAUCCCAGUGCUUGCCAAAAAAUUCUUAUGGUGAAGCAGCAUUUGGACACUAGACACUUCCACAUCUAUGCAGUGGUAGGAAUAAAUCUGGGAUGCAUUAGGCCUUUCAAUUAAGAAUUGGUUUCCAACAAAAAUAUGUAAUUAGGUAAUUACAUUAAUAAAAACUAAUCAUAGAAAACAAAAUCAUGUCGGUUUUACAGUCGAGCCAGGCCCUCUAUCACUUUGGCAGUGAAAGAACUAUGUUCUAGUAUUUUCUUGAACCUCACUGUUAUUGUCCAGAACAUUGGUCUCUAAUUCUUAAGGGGAAAACUCUGGGAUUUGUUUCUGAAUUCUAGUAGUUUCUAGCUCCUACCGUAUAUUUUUGAGCAUGUAAACACAGUGUUUAGUAAUACAAACCAAGAUCACAGGAGAACCAGAGUACAUUCUGUUUGAGGGUGGAUUUCCUUUUUUUUAAGGCAGCAGAGAGCUUUUCUAUUGAGGUAUGAAACACUAAAUGUUGUACAACAAUAAUGCACUUAUGAGGCAGGCAGUAGUUUAGAUUGUCAUUAUAGUUCAUGCAGUAAAUAAUAUGGACUGUGGACUGAGUCGAGAGUUGAGAAACAGCCGCCACUGAAACCUCCUCUUAAAGAUAAAUAUGAAAGAAUAUGGCUUGAAAUUUAUUUUACGUUCCGCAUUGUGUGAGAUGUUCAUAGACACCCAUGUACAGGCAUGCGUACACCUGUCAGAAUUGGAUAAUAACACUCUUAUCUCUGUUCACAGAAAGCUGUACAGUAAAGAUGUAUUUGAACUUAAGCAGGCAAGUAAAAACAGAGACAGUGUGUUUCAUGUGGCAUCAUAUUCACUUUAGGCUUGGUAUGGUCCAACAUUUUGGGGAACGUGGUUAUUCAUUUUCUUGCCAAGUGUUAGAUGAGAAGAUUGAUACCACACUCAUGUUAAUUUGCUAAAUAUUAAGCUAGAGCUAGAAGAUCAUUAGCUUAGCUUAGCUUAUCUUAUCUUAUCUUAGCUUAGCUUAGCAUAGCUUAGUUUAGCGUAAAGACUGGAAGCAGGGAGAUAAUCUGGAAGCCCAUUUCUGCCAAUGUGACUAAAAAACCUCAAAAUAACAAUGUAGUAUUGUAAGAUAAGAAAAAAUUGUCUGAAAAUAAUUUUCUUGACAUAAUGACUUAUCUUAAAAUAAUAAGCUUUCUCAAAAUAGCGGCCAUAUUGUUUUUCAUUCUGAAAUUGCCUAUUAAAUCAUUAUUUCGAGAAAGUUUCUCAUUUUAAUGACUUCCAGGAUCCAUCACAUUAGCAGAAUUGGGCGUCCAUAGCAAAACAAACAACUUACAAGUGGCGGUAGUGCACCUAAUACGCUGGUUGCCAACUGCCGUUAAAAGACAAAAAGAAGAAGAAGAAGAAGAAGAAGAAGAAACAACUUACAAGCUAAAACUCACCAAUUAACACAUUACAUGUUGUUAGUUUAACCUGUGCUGAUGUACAGUCUUUAUGCCAUGCUAACAUUAGAGUGAGAGUGCUAUCAAUCUUCUUCCUCUGCAAGAAACUCAAACAAGCAAAUUUCUCAAGAUGUUGAGCUAUUACGUCAAAUACCACCAAUCAGUCACCUUCCUGCUUCUCGCAGCUUCUUGGCAAAACCGUGAAACAGACAAAGCGUAAAUGUGAAGCACAAUUUUUGGAGCAGCAGUGGAAACUGUUAGCGGAGGGCUUCAGUUAGUACAACUUAGCUAGCUGCCUAAAUCGACAAAGGACGUUUUCAGCAAUCCAGGGAUUCAGAAUGAUCAGUAUUUAACCUAUAUGUAUAUGUAUAUAAUUAUAUAAAUGUAUUCGGAGUAUAUUAUUUUUACAGCUUCUAUUUCAAUGGCGUAUUUAAAUACUUCUGAUGACCUCGUAGUGUUGUAGCAAUAGUCGCUUUCCCCCCUCCUUCAAGCUACCUGUACACAUCUUAAUGUGCUGGACUAAUGGUACAACGUUAGCUGUAAAAUAUAUGAUAAAAUCGUGCUCUUGCAGAAAAAGUGAUAUUGUUAUUUUUAUUGUAUUGUGUAUAUAUUUGACAUUGUUUUGUGUCUCUGGUGGACUAAGCUGUGUUCAUGAUUAUUGGUGUUUUGAUUUUUUUUUUUUUUUUUAAGGUACUGAACGUUGCAUGGUCAAAAGCUUUACUGACAUAAACAAGGCUCUUUCUCAUCUGCCUUUGUAUUUACUAUUUAUGUGUAAAAAGACUUAUUUUGUAAUGUAUGCUCGUUUGUUCGUCACCCUGUUCCUCCAAUAGAUGGAUGACUGCACUGGUCAAGCUUUUCUUCAGAGGACUGAAAGGCAGACAGUGAUUUGCUUCGGGACACUUCCAAAUUGUAUUUUUUCUCUAUAAAUAUACAGUGUACUCACCAUCAUCCUGGAAUAUGGCCAUUUAUUUCAGCUACCAAACAUUUGCAUCUCAAAUUGGCAUCUACAGUCUUGUUCUAAAAACAUCGUCUUAAAACAAAUGGAAAAAAAUAUGAUCAUUUCACGAGACAGUUUCAGCUGUAAAACUCCAAAAUUUAACAUUUGUUUUAAGAGACAGAUAUUAGAAUAGGCUUGAAGAUGCACAAUUGAUGUAAUGUUUGCAUUUUUAUUUAUAUAUUUUUCAUUUUUAUUUUUCUCUUUUGUUGCACACCCCACCCUCCAGCAUGCUAUCUGUCACAGUCCUGCUGCUUCAUGGUGGUGAAGCUGUGGCUGCUGCUGUCACUCUGAGCGGGUGUGGUGAACGUGAUUUUCAGCAGGGUUCCUUUCAAACCAUCUGUCUGCCCAGGCAACACAAAAACAACCAGGGCCUCAUUUACAGUAAAGAAACCAACAUGGAGAGCAUCACUUAGAUUAUGUUUUUAAAUUGGAAAUUCUUCAGCUGCUGAUUUCUGCCUACAAACACUUCAAAGAUGGAGUUUGACUGGGAUGUUUUUAUGAGGAAGCCCUCUGAGUGAUGCUCAAAGAAAUACAGUACACUUUUUUUUCGUAAUUUCCUCUCCUUUUUUUAACAGAAUAUAUCAACAAACACCUGCAUCAUUUUUCUGUGUUACAUCUUAGAGAGAUUAAUCUUUCUGUCUUGUCCUCUUUGUCCUUUGGAGAGAAAAUAUCACAUGGAAAACAUCACUAAACAAAACAAAAAGUGCUUUGUAUUGAUCCUGAGAGAUGUAUGGUCAUAAUAAAGUAUAUUAUUUUACAUUCA